CCUUAUCCUUGGAAGCCUCACCGCGGCGCUCACGCCACCGUCCCCUCUCACAAUCCUUCUUCUUCUUACCAUCGAGGCAUUGCCGAGCAAUCCAAUCAACACCUAAGAAUUUCACGUUAGAGAUUUUCUAGGAAGACUCUGAUCGUCGCAUUUUGGUUUGCAGUAGAAUUGCAAAAAUGGCCGCUACCAUGCUGACUAUGGCCGCUGCCACUCAACUCAUUGCGUCGCCGCUUUCACAAGUCUCCUUCGCCCGCGUGAACGUCCGUGGUGCCAGCCCAAGCGUCAGGUCCACCUCGGGGAUGCGGAUUGUUUGCAUGGCAGCGCCCCAGAAAUCCUCCGGCCCCGCGAUCAACACCGACGACAAGGUGGUGUCGAAGAUUGAGGACGCUCAGGAGAUUUGCGCGGGUGAUAACCAGUCGGAGGAGUGCGCUGCAGCAUGGGACGAGGUGGAUGCAGCUGCUAAGGAGAAGGCCAAGACUGACGAUCCCUUGGACAAGUUUUGCAACGACAACCCCGAGGCUGAUGAGUGCCGCGUCUACAACGACUGAGCAAUCUCCUCACCCAGUUGCUUGAAAAUCAAGGGGAGAGGAGGUAUCAGAGGCGCCGGUAUUCGCAGCUCUCACAGCGGACUGCCCAUACCUUGUGAAGCCUCAUCACCGUGCCGUUCUCAAGCAAAGGUGACUGUAAUGUAGAGAUUCUACACAAUUCAUCUUGAUCUAUCACCAACGCUGGAAUGUGUGCUUGUGGGUCUCGUGUGCCCCGUCGCACUGCUCCAAGCCAUUGUAUUACAAGUAGUCCAUUUUGCGCACUAGAGCCGGACAGUUUGCAAAUUGCAUCACCCACUGUCUAAAUAAAGUUUCCUCUUGUUUGUGAAGAA